AUGGAGCAGCAAUAUAAGAAGUUCCUUGAAAUCUUCAAAAAGCUCCACAUCAACAUCCCGUUCACCGAUGCACUAUUCCAGAUUUCCAGCUAUGUAAAGUUUCUGAAGGAUAUAUUAUCAAAUAAAUGCAAGCUGGAAGAUCAUGAGAUAGUAAUGCUAACCGAAGAGUGCGACGUCAGGAUCCAGAAAAAGCUCCCACCAAAAUUGAAAGAUCCAGGGAGGAUUAUUGAAGAUGUAUUGGUCAAAGUGGAUAAACUUAUAUUCCCAGUGGACUUCUUAAUUCUGGACAUGGAAGAAGACAAGGACGUGCUUAUCAUAUUGGGGCUACCAUUUUUGGCAACUGCAAGAGCUCUCAUAGAUGUGCAACAAGGACAAUUAAUUCUGAGACUGGGCAAGGACUAG